AUACGACUUUGUUUGUCCUUGAGAGCAAAAUGGCGACUCGUAGUGUCCAACAAGGGUUGAAACAAGUAAAGCCUAUGCUCUCUGUUGACCGGACAGAGGCUAGGCGCAGAGUUUUGAACCUGUACAAGGCAUGGUAUCGACAAGUUCCGUAUGUAGUGAAAGACUUUCAUAUACCGGUGACUGUUGAGCAAGGCCGUGCCAAAGUGAGGGAAAUGUUCUUGAAGAACAAGCAUGUUUCAGAUGUGAGAGCUAUCGAUAUGCUGGUGAUAAAGGGCCAGAUGGACCUUGUGGAAACUGCCAAUAUCUGGAAACAGAGGAAUCACAUUAUGAUGUUUUUCCAGGACACAGUCAACCCUAAGCCAGCAGAUUUUCUCUCAAAGUUCUACGAAGGCCAAGAUUGAGCCAGGAUAGUUGUCUAGUUUAUAUGCUGAAUUUUUUUUUUUCAUAAUUAUUAUUAUUAAUUUCAAAGCAGUCAUUUCAUUCUACAUGCUCUGAAAAAGCAAUGAACUUUUCGAAAUAUGAUCCUGGACUUGAAAAUUUCUGCAUUGCAAAUUCUGUCACUUUUAGUAUAAAAAAUGGAGGUUUUCUUUUUGGAUGACUUUCAUUACUUUAUUACUAAAAGUCAUUGUUUUUUUCUUUAGUUUACAAUGAAGUUGGAAGUAGAGUGUAAUGUCCGUGUGUGUAUAUACCUGUAUGGAUAUGAGAGGAUUGAUUGAAUGUGAAAUGUAGUCCUCAUAUAUAGAUUUAUGGACCCCAUUGGUUGCCAUGCUGGGUUGAUGUUUUCGACUUGAAAUAAAUGUGAUGACAUCGAGCAUA